AUGGUUCCACAGGCUGGGAGCAGAAAACAUAUCCCUUUGGAUGCCUGGGAAUCAAAACUCGCUGCUGUUCGGGUUCCAAAGGAUGAUAUGAAUAAGCUUAUCAUGAAUUUCCUGGUAACCGAGGGGUACGUUGAAGCGGCACGGAUGUUUGCGAAGGAGAGUGGCACAGCGCCAGGUGUAAACCUAGACGCCAUUACAGACCGCAUGGAGGUUCGAAGAGCGCUCCAGAGUGGCGAUGUGGAAGCGGCCGUGGCGCGCGUCAAUGAUUUGGACCCCGAGAUCUUGGAAUCCCAGCCCAAGCUCUUUUUCCACCUCCAACAGCAGCGGCUCAUAGAACUCAUACGUGCCGGGAAUGUGGAGUCUGCACUAGAUUUUGCGCAAGAAAACUUGGCACCCCUGGCGGAGGAAAACGCGGAGUUCUUGGAAGAGCUAGAGCGGACCGUGGCACUUCUGGCGUUCGAGGACACCAACGCCAGCCCUGUCGGCGACCUCAUGGACGUGGCACAGCGGCAAAAGACCGCCAGCGAGCUUAAUGCGGCCAUUCUGCAGAGCCAGGCACAGGAACGGGAACCCCGCCUGCCGCUGCUGCUGAAGCUGCUACUAUGGGCGCAAGCGCAGCUAGAUGAACGGGCGACGUAUCCGCGCAUAAACGACAUCGUCACGGCACAGCUAGUGCCGCCGACGAAAGCCGAGUAG